AUGUCUUCUUUCAAGACCCAAGCUUUUGUCGCCGAGGGAGACUUUGGACCUGCUACAAGGGACCAUCCGGCGUUGGUCUUCGGUGAAGAGGCCACCAAAGUGUUCGACAGCCGAGACCACAGCGGUGUACAAGAAUUAGCUCUUGCGACUCAGAUCAAAUGGUUCCAGGCUCGGAUAUGGCGAUGA